AUGGCUUCAGCCAGAACCACCUUGGCACGAUUCGCAAACGCAGCCUCUGCCGCGCCAUCAAGGCUGCCGCUUGUGCCGCGGGACACACUGUUCCUCGGCAUACGCAGCCCAGGCAGCUUGGUCUGCCUUGAGAGAUUUGCAACCUCUGCCCGCUCUCCCUCCCCUCGACUUGCCCCUGCUUCACCUGUCCCUCGCCGAAUCCGACAAGAUCUCGGGCCCAAUUCCUGGAGCAUCCUUCAAGCCCGCCACUGUUCUUACAGAAGACACCUAGAUACCAUGUGCAGAGCUCAAGCUGGUAUCGAGCAGACGGGCGGCGGCGCUGCUCCCGGCACCCAGGGCCGCGAGCUCCUCCCUGCAAAUGUCGUUCCCCGGCACUAUCACCUUACGCUCGAGCCCGACUUCAAAAAGUUUACCUUUGAUGGCACCGUCGUGAUUGAUCUCGACGUCGAGGAGGACUCCAGCUCCGUCUCUCUGCAUACUCUCCAGCUCGACAUCCACAGCGCCAAGGUUUCUAGCAAUGGCCAGGCCAUCAGCUCCUCCCCCAACAUCUCCUACGAUGAGCCCAAGCAAGUUAGCAAGUUUGAGUUCGAGGGCACCCUGCCCAAGGGCUCCAAGGCUCAACUCGAGAUCAACUUCACUGGUCAGCUCAACGACAAGAUGGCUGGUUUCUACCGAUCCACCUACAAGCGCGACGACGGCUCCGAGGGCAUCCUUGCCACCACUCAGAUGGAAGCUACCGACUGCCGCAGAGCCUUCCCCUGCUUCGAUGAGCCCGCCCUCAAGGCCAAGUUCACCGUAACGCUCGUUGCCGACAAAAACCUGACCUGCUUGAGCAACAUGGAUGUCGCCAACGAGACCGAGGUUCAGUCUACCAUCAGCGGUACUGCCAGAAAGGCUGUGCACUUCAACACCUCUCCCCUCAUGUCCACCUACCUCGUCGCCUUUAUCAUUGGCGAGCUCAACUACGUCGAGUCCAAGGACUUUCGCGUUCCCGUCCGCGUCUACGCCCCCCCUGGCCAGGACAUCGAGCACGGUCGGUUCUCGCUCAACCUUGCCGUCAAGACUCUCGAGUUUUACGAAAAGGUUUUUGGCAUCGAGUUUCCCCUGCCCAAAAUGGACCAGGUAGCCAUUCCCGACUUUGCCCAAGGUGCCAUGGAGAACUGGGGUCUCGUCACUUAUCGAGUUGUCGAUCUCUUGCUUGACGAGAAGACUAGCGGCGCGGCGACCAAGGAGCGAGUCGCCGAGGUUGUCCAGCACGAGCUGGCGCAUCAGUGGUUCGGCAACCUCGUCACCAUGGAUUGGUGGGAAGGUCUUUGGCUGAAUGAAGGCUUCGCCACCUGGACCUCCUGGUACUCGGCCAAUGUCUUUUACCCCGAGUGGAAGGUCUGGGAAAACUAUGUCACGGAUAACCUGCAGUCGGCUCUGUCGCUGGACUCGCUCCGCAGCUCUCACCCCAUCGAGGUCCCCGUCAAGCGAGCCGACGAGAUUAACCAAAUCUUUGAUGCCAUCUCGUACUCGAAGGGAUCCUGCGUUUUACGCAUGGUCUCGACGUAUCUGGGGGAGGACGUCUUUCUCGAGGGUGUUCGUCAGUACCUGAAGAAGCACGCGUACGGGAACACGCAGACGGGCGACCUUUGGGCUUCUCUCAGCGCCGUCAGCGGCAAGCCCGUCGAGGACGUCAUGAGGGCGUGGACCAAGGAGGUUGGCUACCCAGUCUUGACCGUGACCGAGAACGACGCCGACAGCACCAUCCACGUCAAGCAGAACCGCUUCCUGCGGACGGGCGACGCCACGCCAGAAGACGACAAGGUGCUCUACCCCGUCUUCCUCGGCCUCCGCACCAAGGACGGGGUCGACGGACAGAUUGCCUUGACCGAGCGCGAGAAGAGCUUCAAGGUGCCCAGCACCGGCUUUUUCAAGCUCAACGCCAACCACACCGGCAUCUUCCGAACGUCAUACACGCCCUCGCGCCUCGAGAAGCUCGGCCAGGCUGCCAAGGAUGGCCUGCUUUCGGUCGAGGACCGCGCCGGUAUGAUUGCCGACGCAGGCGCCCUGGCCACCUCUGGCUACCAGAGGACCUCGGGAGUGCUCAACCUGCUCAAGGGACUCGACUCGGAGAAGGAGUUUGUCGUCUGGAACGAGAUCACUUCUCGUCUCGGGGCCAUUCAGAGCGCUUGGGUCUUUGAGGACAAGGCGGUCACGGAAGGCUUGAAGGCCUUCCAACGCGACCUGCUCGGCCCCAAGGCGCACAAGAUGGGCUGGCAGUUCUCCGAAAACGACGGCCACAUUGAGCAGCAGUUCAAGGCCAUGCUGUUUGAGGGCGCGGGCCUCUCCGGCGACGAGCAAAUCAUUGACGCGUCCAAGGCCAUGUUUAACAAGUUUAUGGCUGGAGACAAGGCUGCCAUCCACCCCAACAUUCGAAAGAGCGUGUUUGCCAUUGCGCUAAAGUACGGCGGAGUGGAAGAGUACGACAAAAUCCUCGACUACUACCGAGCAUCCAGCAGCAGCGACGAGCGCAACACCUGCCUGCGUAGUCUCGGCCGGGCCAACCAGCCGGAGCUGAUCAAGCGAACCCUCGGCCUCCUGUUCGGGCCCGACGUCAAGGACCAGGACGUGUACAUGCCGGUGAUUGGGCUGCGCACGCACGCCGAGGGCAUCGAGUCCCUGUUCGAGUGGAUGGAGGCCCGGUGGGACCUGGUCUACGAGAAGCUGCCGCCCGGCCUGUCCAUGCUGGGCAGCAUGGUCAACAUCAUGACGUCGGGCUUCACGUCCAGGGAGCAGCUGGCGAGGGUGGACAAGUUCUUCGAGGGCAAGAACGUCAGCGGGUACGACCAGUCGCUCGCGCAGAGCCGCGACGCCAUCCAAUCCAAGAUUUCGUGGCUGGAGCGCGAUCGCGACGACGUGGCUGCGUGGGUCAAGGCGAACGGGUACUAG